GAAUUUCAACAAGUCUAUAGGAUCUGUGGCCUUCAGCUAACAAAUUUGUAUUGUGUAGUCUCAUAUUUCUGAAUUAUCUUAUAGAACUGAUUUGCAUAGUGUCAUAAUAAUUUCUUCUUCAACAUGCUAAUUUUGUAUUGCUAAUCACAAGCAUUUCCUCUCAACAUAAAAAGGAGAUCUAAAGGCACAAUGUCUGAUCAGCUUUUUGCAGCCAGAGAAAUGGCCUCCUCAACUUCCUCAUUUUCCCCCAAAUCCUCCCCUCGGGGCUCUAGAUCCCCAAUGGCGGCUCCGGCUUCCCUGCCUCGGCAUGACUCAACCGGCACACUCAAAAUGACCAUAUCAGCUGGCAAGCAUCCUGCAGUUGUCAACUCUGGCCCCUUCUACCUCAUGAAGGCAAUGUUGCAGGAGCCUGCUGCUGAGACUGAGCUUACUGGAGCUACAAAUCUCAUGGGUCACUAUGGCCUUGAACAUUCAUACAGCAAGUUUACUGGCAAAAAAGUGAAGGAUUCGCUGUCGUCCUUCCUGCCGAGCCUGCCAGGAAUCCUUGACACGCCAGCACACCUCACGAACUCCUCCCUGCAGUCCCUCAUAGAGAAGCCCCCCGUCUUCAAGGAGUUCGUUCCGCUCAAUCAUCACCAGUUGGCAGGCUUCCGGCUGCAGCAUGGACCGCUGCCAGAGCAGUACCGCUUCCAGAGCCAGCCCGAGGGCACGCGUCGCCACCGCCAUCAGAAGAAGGGCGACCCUCUCACGCCCUCGUACGACCCUCAGUCUAACAACGACUUCCCUCUCAGCUCUGGCGUCGGGCUCACUGCUGGCAGUGCCGGUGGCGUCGUGGGAGGUGUGGGCGUCGCGGGAUCAGGAGAUGGUCAUGAGAAGAAGCCUCAUAAGAAGAAGAAAAAUGACGAUGAGCGUAAGAAAAAGAAAAAAGAGAAGAAAAAGAAGAAGCAAAGACACAGUCCUGAACACGGCGGUGUUGGCGGUGGAAGUGGUGGUGAAGGCACGAAGGUGUCGCUCUGAGGGCUCGUCAAACACUUUUAUUAUAUAUACUCGUGUACAGUAUAAACUCUGCGCCCAAUAGUAGCUUAAGAUAAGGAUAGGUACGAGCGAUAUUUUUAUCCAUUGAAGUGUCCAUAUUGUAAAUACCUGCACGUUUCAACCUGAGCAUAACUUCCAGUAAACUAAAGGAGAACCAAAGGAGAGUAAAAAUAGCUCCACAUUGUUGUGAACAUAUUGGUACACCUUCUCCAUGCCUCUAGGCCCAUGUGUUCAAUAUCUAUAGGCAUCACCUAUUGCGUUCAAUAGUGCAUAAAUAGCUCCUCAUGUUCUCUGAACAGGAGGAUGUAGCAUAGGCUGGUUGGCUUUAUAUCUGUAAAUAUUUGUAUCUAUCAAGCAUGCAGAACAAACGUGCUGCUAAGAGUUGUAAUGCCCGUUAUUCCGUUUCUGAUACCAUCGCGUUGCAAAAUUGUAAUUUUCAUUAACAAAUGAAAAUUUCAUGAUUCGUCUAUAUUUGAACUAUUGAUGCGUACAAAUUUGAGUUCCACGUUUGUUUAACAUCUCGUAAUGUUAUGUUACAUUAUUUAUCUCGCUCACCUUAAAUCUUGCUUAAAAAAUGCAUUUAUCUUGCAUCCGUUUAGUGAUCGUCAAUGUUUGUAGGUUAUUACGAUGUUUCAUCUAUUUAUGGUAUUAAAAUAAUUUAUUUUUGGGGUUGUCGAGCUGAAGUACAAAUCUUUAUAUUUAGAUAGAUUUUAUUAAAUGUGCAAUGAACCUAAGGUUCAGCUGUAAGUCUAUAGUUUCUUUGCUCACCUCGUCUCAAAUUUCCCAGAUUAAAAUUAUUAACCAAUAUUAAUCUUUUGCAUCUCAUAAGUGACGCAAGGCCUCAACAAUGCAGGCAUAAAAUUAGUAAAAUAGGCAGGCAUGAACGUCGAGAGACUAGCCAUUAAUUCUGAUGCUCUAUUCCCAAACUAAAUUUUCUAUCUUGCGGUGCAUUACUUUUACCACUUUUUUGAGGCUCAAUAUGCCUCAAGUCGUACAGACCUAUUUUUCUCUCGAAAAUGUUUAAAUUACAUCAGUCCUGAAUUCGCUCUGCGCUACCAAAUAGCAUGUUCAAUUGAAUAUAAACAGUCGACUUAGUGCCGAGCUGAGUUUUAUACCGAUGUGUAUGAAUUUUAUAUAUUGUUGAAGACUAUUGAGGAAGAAUUAAUCUUCUCAAACCUCGAUGGUUAACUAACGUACCUACGUAAAUUGUUAGUACCGAUUUAAUAAGGAUACUGACUUGCGUGUUUCAAACAAUAACACUUAGCCAGUUGUUUUACCAUCAGUAACGUUAACGUUUACUCUCGACAUGGACGUACACGUUUAGUCUGUAAUCUGGCAAAUGAGCAACGCAAGUUAGACUAUUUUUCCACGUUCACUGAAUCCAUUUGUAGUAGACAUGGAGCUACUGUACAGAACUGGCCUUAAUGCGAGAUGCGGCCAGCGAAUUUAGCACGAUCAAUUCUAUGUACGCACAGGCCGGGAGCUGAACUGACCAAAGGUACGAUGCGCGGUAUCAAUGGCACAAUGCAUACCGUACCUACUAUAAAUGCUCCAGAUGUCUGUAGGAAUGUCAUCAAUAAACGAGUGUUUUAAGCUUGUUAAACUCGCUGACGUUUCAUUCAACUUUUUUGCACACUAAACGCUGAUAGUUUUCACACUAAAUUUGUUGACAUCUCUAUUGUACUAUAACAGAUUUGUUACCAUUCUCUAAGGAACAUUCAUACUUCGAUUAACAAAUGAUCCAGCGUCAAGUUAAAAGGGGCCCUUCAUGAUAAUGUCGUACUUCACAAUCGAAAUAUAGGUAAUUGAAAUAAUUUCUGCCAUUUCCGUACAUUUAAAUUUUUCUGGCGAAAAUUUGUUCAAUGUUAUUCUUUAAUGUACCCCUGUGUAAAUAAUUUAGAUUUUAAUUAUGUUCCUCAAAACAUUUCUCAAAAUGACACGUUUUUGUCCAGAUUAAUUCAACGCUCAUCUUAAAAAACUCAAGUUGUACGUAGUGUUGUUCUAUCAACUCCAUGGACCAAGUGGGAGAAAGUUAUGCUCUGUUAGGAACUUUCUGACCAUCUUACUUCAUUGAUAAGGAAACGCAUCUUCAAUCAAGUUCUAUGAGCCAUUUAAUGCAUCUGUCGUACAUUUGCGUGUGUGCUAAUAUUUUAAUAAAUUGAAAUCAAGUCAACCAAACUCCUAAAUUGUGGACUGAUGUAGAAGCAAUAAUUUUAACAUAAAAAUAUUGUACAAAUUUUGCUCCAAAAGGAAUAUGAAAGAGGGCUCUACAGGACACAAAAAAAUGCGCUUCACACCAAAGUUGACAUAGAAUUCAAAAUGACUCUUCAUGCAGCCUUCCCUUUUGCCGGUUUAAAUUUUUUGGCUUCAAGAGCUUUCUUCUUAGCAGCGUUAUAAAUUGGUAGAAGCUUAUUUUCUUUGGCAAGCAUCUGCAGCAUGUUGACAAUGAGAGGCAAAUAAUUAUGUCUACGUCUGAUGUUUUCUUCACGCCAACGAGCCCUCUUGCUCUCUUCAUCCAUGAUGGCCUGUCUCAACUCUGCCAGUUUUGCUUCGCUCCCAGCCACGCCUUCCAAUUUGUUUAUUUCUCUCUCCAGCAUCAUUUUCUUGUCACUCACCAGCGCCAUGAGGUUGAAGUGGAUCUCACCACUGCUGUACUGCAACAUCCGUUGUUGGAUGAUGGGUUGGACUUUGUUUAGCCAGUCCUGUCCUUCAGAUAUUUCACCCAAAUCAAUUGGGCCUUCUUGCAAGCCAUCAAGUUCAUAUAAACGACCGCCAUGAGGAACAUAGCUGAUGAAAUGGAAUAUGUCAUCAUCCUUGGUAGCAGCACUCUGAUCAAACUCAAAGAGAGUUUGACGUGCAAAUGAGUUGUGUACAUUUCGAAUUAUAUCACAGUUAGACAGUGCUAAGCCCUUGAGGUUGGGAUCAAAAGCUGCUGUGAAUUCCUUAAAUUCUGACAGAGUUGAGCCUAGUUUUAGGUCUUCAUGAGAUGUAUUAAGCAAGACAGAGAGAACAGCUUGAGUAGCACAAGCAUUGUUAAUCACUUGCUUUGCAAAGAAAAGUGUUGAAGGAGGGUUGAGCAAUACAGAUGAUGUUGACUCAGGCUGCGUUUCCAGCUUCUGCCACUUGAAUAGGAAUAUUAGUCCAUGAACAGGUUUCAAGUUGGCAAAAGCAUCAUCAUCAAGACUCCAGAUUUCUUCUACUUGAACACCAUCCACUCCAAACUUCUGAAUGAGGUCCGUGAAGACACCUGGAUCACUCUCAAUCAGACACCAAUUGCCUGCUUCAGACAUGAUUUAAAAACCUUGAUAUUGUUCAAGAUGAAAAUUUUUAGUUUCUCACCACCACUUCUGAAACAGAUAAGAUAGCAUCUUAAACAAAUUAAGCAUUUCAGCAUUUUUCAGUAGUGAAGGGGAAAAAAUGGUGAUGCUGAAUUGUUAAUGGUAUUACUUUAGAUUAAGUGCAUCCAAA